AUGCCGAGUGCUAAAAGUACACAUUUUGCAAAUGAAAUGUGGGAAAAAGUUAGACUCGAUGGGAAACGCAAAUUAAAGUGCAAUGCUGUACCCUCGAUUUUCCCUCGAUCGGAAAGAAGUAGCAUAACUACGAAAAAUGAUAAUAACGAAUCUUUAGAAAGGCAAUCUGAGGCAAGGCUGGAAACAUUUCAUAAUCAUGGAAAUGUUAAUGAGGAACAACAUAAUUGUUUCAAAUCAAAUGUUCCUGACAUUUCUCCAUCGACAUCAAAUUUUGCACAAUCAUUCACGUUAAAUUUCUCUCUGGAACUAUCAAAUUCUAAUUUUGGAAGAAGAAAAAUUGAAUCAGCCAACAAACUUCUUUCGAAAAGUUAUCGAACUAACACGUUAAAGAAGCAUAUUAAGAGGUUGACUAGAAACAACUUUGAAAACCGAAAUUAUGCGAAAUUAGAAUCAGCAAUUAAGCAAAUAUUUACUGAUAACCAAAUAGAAGCUUUUAUGCGUCGAUCUUCACGCAUCCAUACAUGGUCUAAUAAUACCAUAAGAAAAGCACUCCGAUUGAAGAUUUCUUGUGGUAGUCAACUGGUUAUCAACAGAAGGAAAAAAUACGAGGGUCGUCUGAAAAGUUUUGAGAUCAUCAUGAAGAUGGCGUUACUCGUCAAAGCCAUUCUGACGACCCUCGUACCUCUGCCGACCGAACGUACACUUCGAAGGAAACUGGAAAGUAUCGAAUUUGAAGAAGGAAUUAGUAAAGAUAGUUUUAAAUUACUAGCUGAUAAGGUCGCUCAGUUUCAAGACAUUAAAGAAAGAGAUUGUAUGCUUGCAUUAGACGAAAUGGUUAUAGCACCAGGUCAAAAAUUAGACCCAUCGACACAGUCAUAUUGUGGACUUGCAUCAUUUUGCACACGUGAUGGUAUUAAGUGAAAAGUGAAAAAUGUCUCCAUUA